AUGAUCGUGUCCAACGUGAGUCUGAGCGGCUGCGCAGGGGUCAACAGCGCUCUGUGUGCCGCAGCCGGGGAAGGGCAUCUGGGGGCAGGCUCAUACCGGAUCAACCUCAGCCCGACAGGGAACCUGGUCGUGGCUGUGUGCCUGGGCUUCAUCGGCACUUUCGGACUUGUGAACAACCUGGUGGUGCUCGUGCUCUUCUGCCGCUACAAGAUGCUGCGGUCGCCCAUCAACCUGCUCCUGAUUAACAUUUCCAUCAGCGACCUGCUGGUGUGCGUACUGGGGACUCCGUUCAGCUUCGCCGCCAGCACGCAGGGAAGGUGGCUCAUAGGAGAAGGAGGAUGCGUGUGGUACGGCUUCGCCAACUCCCUGUUUGGCAUCGUCUCCCUCAUCUCCCUGGCGGUCCUUUCCUAUGAGCGCUACAGCACCAUGGUGGCGCCCACUGAGGCGGACUCCUCCAAUUACUGCAAGGUCUCCCUGGGCAUCACCCUGUCCUGGGUCUACUCCCUCAUCUGGACCGUACCACCUCUCUUUGGCUGGAGCCACUAUGGCCCAGAGGGUCCCGGGACAACCUGCUCUGUCGACUGGAAAGCCAAGACGGCAAAUAGCAUAUCUUACAUCAUCUGCCUGUUCAUCUUCUGCCUCAUCGUGCCGUUCCUGGUGAUCGUGUUCUGCUACGGGAAGCUGCUGUGCGCCAUCAGACAGGUGAGCGGGAUCAAUGCCUCGACGAGCAGGAAGCGUGAGCAGCGCGUGUUAUUCAUGGUGGUGGUCAUGGUGAUCUGCUACUUGUUGUGCUGGCUGCCGUACGGCAUCAUGGCACUGCUGGCCACCUUCGGGCCGCCAGGCCUGGUCACGCCCGUGGCCAGCAUCAUCCCCUCGGUCCUGGCCAAGCUGAGCACGGUCAUCAACCCAGUCAUCUAUGUCUUCAUGAAUAAACAGUUUUACAGAUGUUUCCAAGCCCUGCUGCGCUGUGAGGCUCCUCGUCGAGGCUCCAGCAUAAAGAGCUCUUCAAAGGUCGCCACCAAGGCCAUGAGAGGUGUAGCAGCAACCAGUCCCCGCCGCACCAACGACUUCCUGUAUAUGGUAGCCUCCUUGGGUCACCCAGCCACCGCCAUGCCCCAACUAAACCCCUCAGCGGAACAAACCCUUAACAUCACCAAAGGCCCGUCCGACGAAACCAUCCAACCUGUCGUAGUAUCACUAGUGGCCCACUUUGAUGGCUGAUGAUGGGCUAAAGCUAUGAAGUCCCCACCCAGGUGAGAGGGGUGGUGUUACUGAGGCUUGGAGAGCAGCAGCCUGCCAUGUUAAAUCCACCUGUUGAAAACACCCCGGCUAGUAGAUAUGGUGGACUGGUAACGAAGGCCGAUCUUGGACCGCCUCUGGAGAACAUGAACCUGCAGAAGCCAGGAGACUUGGUUUUCCACAGAGGAAAAAGUAUAUAUGUGUCUUGCUAGGAAUGGGCAUUUCAGUUAUGUUCUUAUCACAAGUUCUUGGAUAAAGCGCUGUGAGACUGUUAUGGCAACAGGAGGAUCACUUAUUUUGUACAAUAUCUCAUGUUUGGUUAAGAAUUCACUUUGGUAUAACAGAAAUGUGUUCAGAGUGCAGAAAGAGGGAUAAGAUGUAUUUUUCUAUUGGCUGGUUCCUGACUGUGAUUUCUAAGUGAGGUUUAAGGACACAAGUGAUUUUAACCAAGCAUUUUAAAGACUUUUCUAGAGUAGACAAGAUUAAAAUGAUUAAAAGAGACUAAUGACAAUGUACUGGUAAUUAUUUCAGUCUUUUUAACUUUUAUUCUAUGCUAGAAAUGUUCAUUUAAUUCAUCACUUGUCACUUUGAAAUGUAUAUGUAGUUUGAAUUAUGUCGUUUAAUAAGUGGUUUGUUGGAAGCAACAUUCCUAGGAUGCGAGCAGCAUUAAAGUUGCGUCAGAAACAGUGACUUAGAAAUCAUGAAAUAGGUGCAUGUUGGAGAGUUAUUGUAUAGUUUUUUCAUUAAUUAUGUGCAUGUGCACUGUUGGAAUAUUAUAUGCAAAUGAGGUUGGAAAAAUACAGCAUCUGGUAAUGUCCAGUGGAUAGCAUGGAUACUUGGUAUCUGCAGAAAUCCUGAAAAGGUAAGCCUCUCUGGACUGAUUUUUUUCGACAGGCAUUUCCACAUGUACAAAUAGCUGUGAAAUUUCUGCCGUCAGAUCUGAUGUCAGAGGAGCUUUAAUGUGUGAGUGAUCUCCAGACAUCCUUAAUAAUGAUAAGCAGUUCAGUGCUUUGCUUAUAUGCACCUAAUCAGCAUUGCAUUUGGACAGGCAUCAGCCUCUACUCAACCUUUGAAUGAUUGGGAUAAAAAAAUCUGUUUCAUGGAACAUAACAAAGGGACUUUUCUCGAGGCAACAAAUAUCUUUACGAUGGACUAAGUUUGUUGAUUCUGUAUAUAUUGUUUGCCAUGUGCGUAUCUGCAUCUUGUUAAAUUUUUUGAUAACUGAUUUGACACUUUUUCCUUCUUGCAAUACAAAGAUAAUUAGAGUUUCUUAAAGCAGUGCAUCAGUGCUGUGUUGUCAGUGAAUGUCUAAGUGGUGUGGUACUUUUGGCUACUGCUACUGUUUUUUCUACGUGCUGUUAAGAUAUUGUAUACAUUAAUGUACAUGAGUUGAUACCAAAGUGAGAGAUAUUUGAAUAUUUUUGAAGAGGAGCUGUUCAAUAAAAUUUUUUUUUUUUUUUU